UCCAUCCAUCCAUCCGGCGCUACGCUGUAUCGGCGCUCUGCAGCCGACAAGUUUCGUGGGUCAGAAGGACUCGCGUUAUUCGAACGAAAUGCUUUAUUUAUAUUUAUUAAGUUGGGUGGCAACGUUCGUCCAAGUAUGCUUCUCCAUCCUGGCAGUGGCGGCUGGGCUAUAUUACCUUGCCGAGCUUGUGGAAGAGUUUACCGUUACGACUGGAAAGAUAAUUAGGAUACUAAUUCUGGUGACGCUCGCCAUUUACAUCGGGCUGUUUGUUUUUGAAGAUCUUCCCACGACAAUGAUUGGCUGCGGCAUGCUCAGCCAAGUGAUGCAUAUGCUGGUUUUGCGCACUUUCCCUUUUUUCAACCUCUAUUCUGUGCCUUUCUUGUCCGCCUCGGCUCUUGUCAUCCUGAACCACUACCUUGCAUUCAACUACUUUUCUAACAAAGCCUAUACUUUGAGUGAGGUGCUUGCAUACUUCACCCUCUGCCUGUGGCUGGUGCCAUUUGCAUUUGUGGUCUCGCUUAAUGCCAAUGACAGCGUCCUCCCGACUCUUGCAGAACGGAGGCCACUUCUCAGUGAUGACAAUGAUGUCGUCUCAAACUACUUCUCUCAGCGAAACAAGCGCUACAACUUGCUGUCAUUCUUCAACAAGGCCAAAGAGUCCGUCUUGCCUCAGCGUGUCAAGAAAGUGUUUUGAACAUCCCGGUAAUGAGGCUGAGUGUUCUUCACCUGUGUCCUCCCUUGAGACAUGCAGAGUGAUCUUUAUGUAAAUAUGCACAUCAAGACUGUUGGUAUUUGUGCCUGUGUGUGUGCAGCUUUUAUUUGUAAGUAGGAAAAUAAAACCUUGACAGUGA